AUGGAACCUCCUAAAAAAAGCAUUAAUUUUCAACGUAAACCACUAACAGAAGCAAAAAGAUUAUCCAUGUCAUUUGAGGCAGAACAAGAAUGUGCAUUAAUAUGUUUAUUGAUAUAUGAAGGAUUUAAUAUGCAAUUUAGUGUUCCAAGAAAGUCAUCAGAAAUAUGCCAAUUUUUAGAUCUAGUAAGAAUUUAUGGGAAAAAUAUAAAUAUUGAUAUGAAAGAAGAAAUUAAGAGGAUUGUUGCUAAAAAUUUAAAGGGGGUUAAUCCUGAAAGUAAACAUCAUGUAAAGUAUGAAAGAAGAAAUACUAUGGCUGCUACUAUUAAUUUCCUCUUAGAACUAUUACAAAAAAUGGGAUGUGAGUACAAAGAAAAAGGUACUAAAGGAUCAAAUAUUACACUAAAGAUGAAAAAAAUUAAACAUCUUAAAUAUCGGUCUGUUAAUUGGGAUAGUGAAAAAAUAGCUACUAUUGGAGAUAUAGUCAAUAGAAGAAUUAAACAAUUUUUUAGAGGAAAAAAAAGAGAGACUCUUGUUGAUCUUCCUUGUUCAAUGAUUCAAGUAAAUGAUUUGGUGGAUGGAUAUUAUAACGAAAGAUCUGCUUUUAAAUGGGUUAAUCCUGCUUCAAGAAGUAUCCAACAAGAGCCUGAUGGUGAUGAUGAGACAUUAGAAGACUAUCAUGUCCCAUUAGCUGAAGAAGGUGUAUUACCGAAAAUAGUAACUGGUGAAAUUGUCGUUCAAAAAUAUACAGAGAACUCAAAAUCUUCCGAUAGUAAACAAUUAAAAGAAGAUCUAGAGACUAAUACAUUUAAAAUUAAAAAUGAAAUGGAUCACUUCAAAAAUGGUUUAAUGAAAGAAUCACAAUCAAAAGAUUUAAAGUCAUCAGAAGGAGAUAUUAUUUCAAAAAGACUUCACGCAAGUUGCAUGUUAAAUUCUAAUGAAGGAUUUUUUAUUGGGGAUACUUUCAGAUACUAG